AUGUCCACAAAUAAAAUUUCUUUCUUGCUAAACUGGCAACCAGCUCCAUACCAUAUUCCCAUCUACUUGGCAUCAACCAAGGGUUAUUUCAAGGAGCAAGGCUUGGAUAUUGCCAUUUUGGAGCCUACAAACCCAUCAGAUGUGACUGAAUUAAUUGGUUCAGGCAAAGUGGACAUGGGUUUGAAGGCUAUGAUCCACACCCUAGCAGCCAAAGCUAGGGGAUUCCCGGUUACCUCUGUUGGUUCUUUGUUAGACGAGCCAUUUACUGGUCUUUUAUAUUUGAAAGGUAGUGGUAUUACCGAAGACUUCCAGUCGUUGAAAGGCAAAAGAAUUGGUUAUGUCGGUGAGUUUGGGAAAAUUCAAUUGGAUGAGUUAACGAAACAUUACAAUAUGAACCCUGAGGACUAUACCGCUGUUAGAUGUGGUAUGAAUGUCGCAAAAUAUAUUAAGGAAGGUAAGAUCGAUGCAGGUAUCGGUAUUGAAUGCAUCCAGCAAGUUGAGCUGGAAGAAUACUGUAGAGAACAGGGCAGACCUAUUACUGAUGCAAAGCUGCUAAGAAUUGACAAAUUAGCCUGCUUAGGUUGCUGCUGCUUCUGCACCAUCUUGUAUAUCUGCAAUGAUAAAUUUUUAAAGGAAAACCCAUUGAAGGUCAAAAAGUUCUUGACUGCAGUGAAGAAAGCGACAGACUUUGUUCUAGAACGGCCAGAGGAGGCAUGGAAGGAGUACCUUGAUUUCAAGCCUCAACUAAACACUGAAUUAUCACUGAAGCAAUAUCAAAGGUGUUAUGCCUACUUCUCCUCUUCCUUGUUCAAUGUCCAUCGUGACUGGAAGAAAGUUACCAGCUAUGGUAAGAGACUAGAGGUGCUGCCACCGGACUAUGUGGCUAACUACACCAAUGAUUAUCUCUCUUGGGCAGAGCCAAACGAGGCCAAUGAUCCUUUAGAAGCCCAGAAAUUGAUGGUUAUCCACCAGGAGAAGUGUAGGGACAACGGUGGAUUUAAGAGGUUAGAAGUUAACCUGAAAGCUUAA